CCAUUGUGAUCACCGAGCAGCCGGUCUCUGUCUCCGUCCCCGUGGGAUACUCCUUCACCCUGCGGUGCAGAGCCGAGGGACGCACAUCACUGCGGUACCAGUGGUUUUGUCAGCACCAGUCUGUUUGCCGCCAGAUUCCUGGUGCCACCAAGCAAGACUUGCCCGUCACUGCACAGCAGACCCAACUCUACACCUGCAGAAUCAAUGACCUGUAUAAAAAUGCCGUCUUCUCCGACUGGGUGAAGGUGGAGGUCCAUCAGUGUGUCGCCAGAGGACUGCCCCCUCGGCUCUGGCAAGGAGAACCCGUCAUCGUACUCAACCCCACUGAGCAGACAGUGGAGGUGGGGAAGCCACUACAGCUGCGGUGUGCUGCCAUGGGGGUCCCAGCCCCCACCUACCAGUGGUACCGGAAUGGGAACCUGCUGGAACACCAGAAGAAGAAAAACCUCUGGAUCACCCAUGCAAAGGUCAGUGACUCCGGCACGUACCUCUGCUGUGCCUCCAAUAGCCAUGGAGAGCACUGGACCAACGCUGUGGAUAUUCACAUAGGUACAUGUUGCUCUGAAAAGUUCUUUGCUACAGGCAAGAUAGCACUUUUAGUGGGCAACAACUGCUACCAGCAUCAUCCCAACCUCAUGGCUCCCAUCAGGGAUGUGUUUGAGCUGAGUCUUCUUCUGGAGCAGCUGGGCUUCCAGGUUGUCUCCCUUCUGGAUCUGAACAAGGCUGAGAUGGUGACAGCGGUCAGUCAGUUCCUGCAGCUCCUGGGGAAGGGAGUCUACGCUAUAUUCUACUAUGCCGGGCACGGGUAUGAACAUUCGGGGAGGAACUACAUGGUCCCCGUUGACGCUCCGCAACCCUAUGCCCCUGAGAACUGCAUCAGUGUGCAGAGGAUCCUCCAGAAGAUGCAGCAGCAGCAGACGGCCCUGAACCUCAUCCUGCUGGACACCUGCAGGAAAUGGUACAACCCAGAGUGUGCCCUCUCCCAGGUACAGCCGCUGGAGCCCUGGGGCAAUACCGUUUAUGGCUACGCCACGAGCGAAGAUGCAGAAGCCUAUGAGUUGCAGGAUGGGGAGUUCAGCUCCGGGAUCUUCAUGAAAUACCUGAAGAAACAUAUUCUGCAAGAGAAGAAGGUUACACACAUGCUGGAGGAUGUGUUAGAAGACAUCGGCCGGGAUCCCUUAAUCACUGGAAAGCAGGUGAUGGAAAUCAAACACACUCUGAAGGAAGCCAGGUCCCUGACGGACCCAGUCUGUCCCUCGGGAGCAGCUGCUGAGCGCUGGGGACACGGCCACGAGCCACCAAGCAAAAUGGUGACCUUCCCCUGCGGGGCUCGGGUGGAGCUCUGCUUCCACUGGCUCUUCUCCAAUGUGAUGUAUGUGUGUGCCAAGCUGCAGCCCCCCCCGGCCCACGUCGCUGAUGCCCGCCUCCUGCUCUGCCAGCCCACCGAGAUGGAUGAUGUGGCCAUCCUGAAAGAGAGCCGCCUGGACCAAGUGGAGUCUCUGCUUGCCUCUGUGUACAAGCAGGAGGAGCUGGACUGCGUCUUCCAGCUCUGUGGUCUACAGAAAAUUCAGACAGACAUGGUCCUGCAGUUGGAUUUGCAUUACACCCAGCUGAGCACAAAGCAGAGGACUUGUGAAAGCCUGCAAACAACCCUCCAGAAAUCUCUGCUGGGGCAGUUUUUCAGCCAGAGGAAUUUCUCCCAGCCAAACUACCAGAGAACUCCUGCCGGUGCAGGCAGCAUGUUCCUCCAGGAUGCGUUGGCGCUGAGCACGGACCCAAAGGGGCAAGCAUCUCUGAGGACAGGUUCUGGCCACAGUUUGCCCAGCAGCAACCCCUCCAACUCCAGCAGCGAGCCAGAGGAGAAUGAUGAGAGUGACCUGAGCGAGCUCUGUUCGGCACUGCUCCGGGCUGGCCCAGGGCAGGACUACCCCUGA